CAGGCGCGGUGGCCGCGUCGUCGUCGCCGGGCUCCGUCGCCCGCACUGUUUUGCCUUCUGGACACCUGAGGCGGCCGCCGGUGGGUCCUGCGGCUUUCCCUUCUGCCGCUGGGGACUGCGGGCUAAGGCCAUGUCCCGAAAGCAGGCGGCAAAGAGCCGGCCGGGCAGCGGCAGCCGGAAAGCCGAGGCCGAGCGCAAACGGGACGAGCGGGCGACGCGCCGGGCCCUGGCCAAGGAGCGGCGGAACCGGCCGGAGUCCGGCGGCGGUGGCGGCUGCGAGGAGGAGUUCGUUAGCUUCGCCAACCAGCUGCAGGCCCUGGGGCUGAAGCUGCGGGAGGUGCCGGGGGACGGCAAUUGCUUGUUCAGAGCUCUUGGUGAUCAAUUGGAGGGACACUCACGAAAUCACCUCAAGCACAGGCAGGAGACGGUGGACUACAUGAUAAAGCAGCGGGAAGAUUUUGAACCCUUUGUAGAAGAUGACAUUCCUUUUGAGAAGCAUGUGGCCAGUUUGGCAAAGCCUGGUACUUUUGCUGGCAAUGAUGCAAUUGUAGCCUUUGCAAGAAAUCAUCAGUUGAAUGUAGUGAUUCAUCAACUUAAUGCCCCUUUGUGGCAGAUUCGUGGUACAGAUAAGAGCAGCGUGCGGGAGUUACACAUCGCAUAUCGGUAUGGAGAGCACUACGACAGUGUUCGGAGGAUCAAUGACAACUCAGAGGCACCUGCGCAUCUCCAGACGGAUUUUCAGAUGCUUCAUCAAGAUGAAUCAAAUAAAAGAGAAAAGAUCAAGACAAAGGGAGUAGACUCUGAAGAUGACCUGAGAGACGAAGUAGAGGAUGCUGUCCAGAAAGUUUGUAAUGCCACUGGAUGUUCAGAUUUUAAUUUAAUAGUCCAAAACCUGGAAGCUGAAAAUUAUAAUAUUGAAUCUGCAAUAAUUGCCAUGCUUCAGAUGAACCAGGGGAAGAGAAAUAAUGCAGAAGAGAAUCUUGAGCCCAGUGGUCGCGUGUCGAAGCAGUGUGGCCCUUUAUGGGAAGAGGGUGGCAGUGGUGCCAGGAUCUUUGGAAAUCAGGGCUUAAAUGAAGGCAGGACUGAAAAUAAUAAGGCACGGGCCAGCCCCAGUGAAGAAAACCGAGCAAAUAAAAAACAAGCCCCAAAGGUCACAAACAAACAGAGGCGAGAACAGCAGUGGCUGGAGAAGAAGAAGCGGCAGGAGGAGAGGCACCGCCACAAAGCCCUGGAGAGCAGAGGCGGCCACAGGGACAGCAGAAGUGAAGCGGAAGCAAGCACGCAGGUCACCUUGGUGAAGACCUUUGCUGCUCUCAACAUCUGACUCUCUGGCAUCCUGGGAGUUUUAAGAAGCGGCUAGAAAAGGAGUGCUGUGUGCCAGACUUCCCACCGAGGCCCUCCUUUUAUAAAAUGAAACACAACCAACAAAGCUCACACAUGAGCCCACAACACUGAGUUAGUUUCCUUCGAGCUGCCUCUUUUUUGUUCAAAGUUUUAUUAGUGGUAUGUCUUGUUUUAUGAAAAUGCAGUGAAGCCAUUCAUAUUCUGUAAUACAAAAUUAAACUACUAAGUUUUAGGGGCAGAUAGGUCAGGAAAAACCUUUUAAAUGGUGGCUUUAUUUGCCCUGAAAAGACUUCAGUGACCCUAGGAUCUUUCCUUAACAUUUGGGGUGAGUUUUGCUGUAAUGGUUCAUGAAGUAGUUUAGAAUAAUUGUUAGAAAUUCAGAAUGACAAGUUUCCUUAGUUUCUCUUUCAUUUUCAGAUACUAACAUAUAGGGUAGCUUAUAAAUGAUCUCCAACUCAGGAAUAUGUUUAGAUUUUACUUUCUUCGAAUACAAGUUACUCAGAAAAUAAUUCGGGAAUUGUUUUCCUAGAGUUAUAUGAGGGUUGUGGCCUGCAGUCAGGAUGGAAAUUGAACAGCCGCAUUUCUGUCUUUCCUGAUUCUUUCAGAUGGGAUGCAGGUGCUGUUAGUUAUUUGCACUCAAGCCACAUGAUAAAUGCAGCUGACUGUUAAUCAGGCCUAGGCCCUAUUGGGAAGUUGACCAUGGUGUUGGGGUUUUGGUAUUUGUUUCCUGACAGUGGGAAGAUGGCAUGCUGCUGCUUGUGUUACAGUUCUGGAAUUCCGAAAGUUUGUAGAGCAGGGUCUGUAGCUGUAACAGGAGAAGAACUCCUGGGGUUCUGCCUAAGAGGAGUCGAAAGAAUUAAAUGUUUUUAUAGGAGAAACCUAGAAGAAUAAGGGUUUUCCUGUUCACAUUUUAAAUAAUGAUUUUUUUCCCUUCUAUUCUAGACUUAGAUGCCUUCAGAGAGAUACAUGGUAACUUGACCUUACAGGUCGCUAAACUUAGUAUUGUGGAAAUUAAAUCUUAUAAAAUGCCACAUUCAUUUCUUUUUAUUUAAGCCCUGUUUGGCAUUUCAAAGUUGGGAAAACUCCAACAUCUGCUGGAAGUUGUUGGACCAUCAGGGAAGAGAACAUGCUUUGGUUAAGACCUUUGAAUGACUCUUCAGUUCUGAAAUAGACAGACUUGGGCAGUGGAGAGAUGUCAUUCCUAAAACUGAGUUAUGUGGAUGCGAACUUAAAACCCGUAACGUAUGACGUAGCUCAUCUUGAAUAGUCUUUGUCUUUUGGAACCCAAUACUUGGGCAAAUAAUUGAUGCUGAAUUGAUUUUAUCUUCUCCACCCCUCACAUUUCAGAACCAUAAAAAUGUUGGCAGGCCCUGGAGUUGUCAGAGAUUGUCUUUAUCAGUAGGCCAUUUGCUUUCUUCAGUUUUACUGAUAUCUUUUUUUUUUUUUUUUUUUUUUUUUUUGACUUUAGUGGCUUUUGUAGUUGGAGCAUCAGUAGUCUCUUGGAAUUGCUCCUAGGACAUUGUGGUUUGGGCUUCUCCCUGGGUAUAGUACAUCGUAAAAUUUAGCAGAUUAAAAAAACCGUACAGCGUUUUUUCUGAGCACAUCACAGAGUCCUGAGCUUGAGGCCGUGUUACUCUACUGAUCCCAAACGAAAGGUGUCUGUUGCCUUACUCUACGGGGUGGGAGCCAGUGCUUUAGGAUCUAUGGUUGUCUUGGUUUUCAACUCUGGGCAGAUUCCUGACUGGCUUGGUGUUUCUGAAUGAAUCCACUUCCCUGUCUGUUUUGUACUGCUUGAGUGCAGAAGGCCGGAUCCUCUCAUAAAGAUAAGAUUGUAUGCCAGAAAUUCAGAUUAGCAGUCAACUUCAGAGAGACUCAUUGUCAGAUGUCAUAGAAUUGCUUUGUUUAACUUUAAUGAAGGUGGCCCUGGGCCCUGUUGGGUUUUAGAAGUUUUAGAAGCUGCUAAAAAGUUAUUAAGGAAUAUUGGGAACAUUUAUUUAUAAAUUACCUAAUUCCCAUAAUAGGCUUCAGCAUUUCUGGAGUAUAUUAACGGUGGUUUAAAAAACUAAUGAAAUGGCUUUAGUCAUUUUCUUUUAUUACUAUUUCACAGCUUUUCAGUUACAGUUGGUCUAUGUUUAGUGUGUUAAUGAUUAGGAAUGGGGCACAUGCAUCCAACUUGAGUGAUACCCUUAGGUAAUGGUUUGAAUUUAGACUUCACUGCCUCAGUCUCACUGGAGUGCAUAAGAUAGUUGGAAUCAAUAUGCUUAGUUGCCUCAGUGUGCACUUGAAAGUUACUUCACUGGCAUCCCGAGUGGAGGCCCGGCAUGUGUAGUCCUGGAUGACUGUUGUCAGAGCUGUUACUCUAGUACAGGGACUCAUGUGAACUCUUUCUUAGGAACUGAAUGUGUCUUAACCUCUGUGUUACAGCUUGGCUGGUAGAGAUUUAUGUUAUGUGUUACAUGGGACUGUCUUACAGUGUGGUCAGGAGAAACCGGAUGGAGCAGUGGUGCAAAGCUACUUACUGCUCUUAUAAACUGUAUAUAAAGGUUUUAGGGAUUUUUAAAAGAUUUUUUUUUAGAGGUCAAAAUAGAUUCAAUUUUAGUGGCAACAACUUUGAACUAGAGAAGUAGAUGUAUUAAAACAACAUAGAACCAUAACUUCUAGAUAGUGUAGUUGCCACUAGGAGAUAGUAGAAAGGUAGAAUGUGUAUGUAUAUUUCGUUUUUCAAUAAUAAUGAAUAUACACUUUCAGGAGCAACGUAUGGUUGAGAAUUGUGGCAGAAAGAAUUUUAAAUUUUAAUCGAAGUUUUCUGUAGUUUCUUUAUUAAGCUCUGAAAACACUUCCAAUGCCGAUUUGAUUCUGAGGGCUUGGGAAGUGGGAUGUCCCUUGUGGAGCAGCUGGAGCUGGCAUGGAGGGAGCAGGUUCUGUGGGUGAUUUAUUAUGCCUGCCCUGCUUCCCCCAGGGAGCUCCUUCAGUGUGAAAUGAUGAAAUGAUGUGAUU